AUGCCCACCCCCAAACCUACAUACUUCCUCACCCCACCACGUCCAAGUCCCCCCGACGGUCCCAUCCGCCUCGGCGCCAUCAUCCCCUCCCCCUCCCAACCCGACGAGCCCCUGCACCUGCCCUCUCUCCCACCACAAACCGACACAAGCACCUUCACCGAACACAACUGGAGCGGCACAUACAGCAAAUCCUCUUCAUCUACCUUCGGCAUCUGGACCUCCUUCCUCGAAGUCGUGCUAGGCGCGAGCCUAGACCUAAGCAUCAGCCACGACAAGUCCACGCAGCAAACCUGGCAAGUCGAGAAAAUGACAACACAAACUUUCCAACCCAGUCGCGCGUUUCUGGAAGACGUGGUGAGCCAUGAAGACGUUAGGGAUUACAUAACGCAGCACCGGUUCAGAGAGAAAAUCUACAUCAUAACGGGUGUUAUGAUAGCGUCGUCAACUACGCUUUCUAGGGAACGGCUCCAGGAAAAAGGCGUCUAUGUCCAUGCUGGAGUGGAUGCGACAGCGUGGUCUGGCGUACCGAUUUCGGUGGGACCGGAGGGGAAUUGGAAGAGGAAGAGCGGGACGAGCGAGCAGAGUACGAGGGCGGAGGACUUUGUUUUUGCGUAUAGGAUAAGGGAGGUUAAAGUGAAGAGGAAGGGAGGGGUCAAGUCGGAUAGGCUGUUUGAUAAGGGUGCGUUGUUUGAUACGCAGGUUAGGAGGAAGGUUGAGGACAAGGGUGAGGUGGUGGUGGAUGGCUUGGGGGAGGAGCCGGAUGUGGAUGAUGUGGAGUUGGAGAGUAGGGAGGUGAGGCAGAGGGUUGGGGAUGACGGGGAAGAGGAGGAUGUUGUUUGUGUUUUGCCGGAACCGCUGGACUGA